AUGGAAGAGGGGAAAGUUGAAGCCAUCAAGAAGUGGGAUCCUCCCACUAAGGUUACCGAGUUUCGAUCUUUCCUUGGGCUUGUCAACUACUAUAGAAGGUUUAUAAAGGGAUACUCUACAAGAGCAUCCCCCCUCACCGACUUGCUCAAGAAAAACAAGACAUGGGAGUGGUCAUCAAGGUGUCAGGAAGCCUUUGAUGAUCUGAAGACAACAGUCACAGAGGAACCCGUCUUGGCCCUACCAGAUUGUACCAAGCCUUUUGAGGUACAAUCAGAUGCAUCAGAUUUUGCCAUAGGGGGAGUUCUCAUGCAAGAAGGACAUCCCAUUGCAUAUGAGAGUCGCAAACUCAAUGAGAGUGAAAGGAGAUACACCGUGCAAGAGAAGGAGAUGACGACCAUCAUUUACUGCCUCAGAGUUUGGCGACACUAUUUGCUUGGCUCCCAUUUUGUGGUCAGGAUAGAUAAUAUUGCCACUAGUUACUUCCAAAGUCAGAAGAAACUAAGCCCAAAGCAAGCUAGGUGGCAAGACUUCUUGGCAGAAUUUGACUUUGUCUUGGAGUACAAACUCGGGAAAGCUAACCUUAUUGCUGAUGCACUAAGUAGGAAGGGUGAACUUUCUGCUAUCACUCAAGCUCAAGGGGAGCUACUUGAUAUAAUCCGUGAAGGCAUGGAGCAUGAUCUCUUAGCUAAGAACUUGGUAGAGAAUCAAAGUCCUGCAGGAUUACUAGAACCACUACCUAUUCCUUCUCAUCCAUGGGAAAGUGUUAGCAUGGAUUUUAUAGUGGCUCUACCUAAAUCCGAAGGGUGCCGUACUAUCAUUGUGGUGGUAGACCGAUUCUCUAAAUAUGACACCUUCAUAGUGACCCCUAAGGAUUGCUCAGCUGAAGAAACUGCAAAAUUAUUCUUCAAGCAUGUGAUGAAGUAUUGGGGCUUACCACAAAGCAUCAUUAGUGAUCAGGACCCUCGCUUCACAGGAAAGUUCUGGUCGGGACUAUUCAAGCUUAUGGGGUCCGCCCUACAUUUCUCUACCACCUUUCACCCACAGUCAGAUGGGCAAACUGAGAGGGUGAAUGCCUUGUUGGAGUUGUACUUGAGGCACUUUGUAAGUGCCAACCAAUCCGAUUGGGCCAAGUUAUUGGAUGUAGCUCAAUUCUCCUAUAAUUUACAAAGGAGUGAUUCCACAAAUAAAAGCUCAUUUGAGAUUGUAAUGGGGCAACAACUACUUAUUCCCCAGUCAUUGGAGACAAGCUAUGCGGGGAAUUGUCCAAUAGCCUUCAAGGUUGCUAAGUCUUGGAACGAACAAUUAGAUGUGGCCUGCUCCUACUUAGACAAAGCAAUCAAGAAGAUGAAGAAGUGGGCUGAUCAGAAAAGGAAGCACGCGGAAUAUCGUAUAGGCGACUUGCUGUCCAAGAAGGAUUAUGGGCCUUUCAAGGUGAUUGAGAGGUUAGGAGAUGUGGCAUAUAGGUUAGAACUUCCUCCAACAUCAAAACUACAUCCGGUUUUUCAUGUAACCAUGUUGAAGAAGAGAGUGGGUGACUCGAAGCUCAUUAUGGAGGAGUUGCUGAGGUUUGAUGAAGAGGGGAGGAUGCUUUUGCAACCAAAAGAGGCACUCGACUAUAGAGUGAUCACACGAGGAAGAAAGAGGAGGAAAGUGUGGCAAGUAUUAAUCCAAUGGGGUGGUGUGCCGAGAGCAGAAGCUACUUGGGAAGACUAUGAGGAUAUGGUGUCGAGGUUUCCUCAAUUUAUCCUUGAGGGUAAGGAUGUGCUUGAAGGGAGGGGGAAUGUCAGGCCCUUCAGGAAAGUGGCCCCGGGCCAAGCCUCGACACGCCCACUGACAUGCCUAGUCCGCACCACUGACGAGCCACCGGCAUGCUCAUGCUGCAGCCAGCCAGCAUGCCAGCGAGGCUAUUGGCCUACCCCACGUGUCGCACAACGUGCAGCACAGCACGCUACACAGCGUGCACAGGCAAGCUAG